UGGACUAGUUCAAGGGUAAGAUAAGCAUUGCAGUGCCCCCAAGUACAGCACCAGGGCAUCGGACGAUAGGUAUGAUGUUCACUUGCGUGCUGCUGAAUUGGAGAAGUUUAUCUGAUUGCCGAGACCUGUGCUCCAGCUUCUUUGCUUGAACAGUGAGGAGCAAGCAAAACGUCCGAGACGUUGAUCUCUGGGCAGGGUAUACGCAAUCGAGUCUUCUGACUCUUAUUGAAGGGGUCUGACAGAAUAAGACCGACCAGAUCUCGAGCGCAAGAUGCGACGAACUAUGGCUUAUGAAAACAACAUUGACACAGACCAGGAGAUAUAUGCUCGCGAUGGACUUUUAGGAAGUCUUGACGUACGAACGGCUUGCCGCUUAUCGUCAGCACCAUCUGGUCCGGUCUGUAUGAGGAGCCACGGAAGUGGUGCUCGAUCGAAUACUGAGCAGAACAGGCUCGAUUCAGGAGAUAAGUAGGAGGCUCCAAAAUCAAUCUGUCGAACUACAAUAUGAAGAAUAGAGACGACUACCCCUUUAUCGUCAAUUGUACUUCUUGACCACGCACUGACGAAUAUGAAUGGGUUUGACCAUGCAUACUGCACCGCC